ACACAACCUCCAAAAAAACAAAAAAAUGCAGUACUUAUCUCAGUCACAAUCCAAAGUAUCAAACUAUUAUUCUCGCUUGACAAGCCUUCUGAUCAUAUCAUCAUGUGUGUGCACACUCUAUUUGCUCAUCGCUCUUCUUCUUGCGCGUUCCAAGCUUUUGGAGACGUAUUCAUCAACUCAAGAACAUAUGUAUGAACCGACUUCUUUGGAACACAUUGUGUUUGGAAUUGCUUCCACAAAGGAUUCUUGGCUGAAGAGAAAGGACUAUGUUAAGAUGUGGUGGAAGCCGGCUCAGAUGAGGGGUUGCGUUUUCCUUGAACAAGGCCUGCCAAAUGAACAUCAAAAUCUCUCCAAGGACACUUCUCUUCCUCCCGUGUGCAUAUCCGAGGACACUUCGUGGUUUCGCUACACUUACAGGGGCGGUUUCCGGUCAUUAAUACGCGUGGCAAGGGUUGUUUCGGAGACGGUGGCGCUCAAUCACUCGGACGUGAGGUGGUUUGUGUUUGGGGACGAUGACACUGUUUUCUUCCCUGAGAAUUUGGUCAAGACUCUCUCCAAGUAUGAUCAUGGGCUUUGGUACUACAUAGGGACAAACUCAGAACUCUAUGAGGCUAACAGGUAUUUCGGGUUUGGGAUGGCUUUCCAAGGGGCGGGUUUCGCCAUAACUUACCCUCUAGCUAGAGUUUUGGCUAAAGUUUUAGAUUCAUGUCUUGAGAGAUAUCCACAUCUCUAUGGGAGUGAUUCUAGAAUUUACUCUUGCUUGGCAGAGCUUGGUGUUGGAUUAACUCUUGAGCCCGGUUUCCAUCAGUUGGAUAUUCGCGGAGAUGUGUUUGGUUUAUUGGCUUCACAUCCAGUUAGGCCUUUGGUAUCACUGCAUCACUUGGACCACACAGAUCCAAUCUUCCCAAACAUGACAGCUUCUAAAGCUCUACAACACUUUUUCAAAGCUGCAAAUGUUGAUCCACAGAGGCUUUUACAGCAGACCAUUUGUUAUGACAGAUGGUUUUCAUGGACAAUUGUAGUGUCAUGGGGUUAUGCUGUUCAAAUCUAUGGAAACCAUGUGUUUUUACCAGAUGUUCUUCAUGUGCCAGAGACAUUCAAGGGAUGGAGAAAUUCAGGAAACCUGUCAGGACUUUAUACUCUCACCACCAAAGAACUUCACCCGGACCGCUGCCGGCGGCCCACUGUUUUCUUUCUGGACAAUGUGGCCUCUGCUGGAUGGAAUGGAAUCAAGACCACCUACCAAAAAUCAUACGUCAAUUGUUCUUACGACUCGGAUUCGCCAAGAAAACUUGAUGAGAUCAGAGUGUUUUCGCAUAAGCUGGAACUUGACAUCAAGCAGUUGCAGGCUCCGAGAAGGCAAUGUUGUGAUGUGUUAACUUCUUCUUCUAGUAAAGUAAUGGACAUUGCAAUUCGAGAAUGCAAGGAAGAAGAGUUGAUACGCAUUCAUCCAUAAAAAAAAGUGGUGACAAGAUGGAGUUGUUAGGCUAAUGCUUACAAGGAAUAAAGAGAAUGAUUGAUAUUGGGAAAAGUUAUUAGUCCAAGUCUUGGAAAUCAAGUUAAUUUUUUUUUAAUUUUUUUUUCUUUGGAGAGCUCAAAAACUUGAGAAAUCU